AGACUGCAGUGGUGCCUCAGUUUCCCCAUCUCUCAGCACUAUUAAACAGUAAAAAGCAAUGGAGCGAAGCAGAAGUGGCAGGAUGCAUGGAGGACAUACAUUCCAUCCCAUCAGGUUCCGCUGGGGGCUCAGCAAUCAUUAAUCGGAUUCUUCACAUUCUGAAGUGCUUGGCACAGAAAAAUGGGACAGUGGGUAACUGUGCUCUGGCAGUCCGACAUGCAGCUGACUGGCAAGCUGAUCCUUUCUGCCGCCUCUCUGCUCCUGCUGACUUUGGCAUACAGAUUUUACAAGUCCCGCUCAGCACCUGGAGGCAACAACCCAACAUCCGAUGUUUGCAGAGAGAAGGGGAGAAGGGAAAAUGCAGCUCCGGAUGGGCAGAAUGUGGAGGGUCUGCGGCACAGGUGGGUGUUUGGGGCACGGAGUGGCGGUGAUGCCCAAGCGAGCGUCCCAGAUCCAUGGCGAAAGAGAGAGAAAACUCUGCCAGCGAGUGAGAAGGAAGAUGGAGGGGAGGCAAAAUCUCAUGGCAUAAGGGAUCUGAAUGAAAUGCUGAAUGGGAGCAAGGGUGGUGGAAAUGGACACAGUGUGGUUGUCCCACACAUUGUGCUUCCUAACCAGAUGGCAGGGGAUGGAGGUGCACAAAGCACCGAGCAGGAUUUGGCCAGAGGAAUCAUCAACCAGGAGGGGAGCAGUGGCACAAUCCAGACCCUUAAUGUCACCUCGGAGCUGGGGGUAAAGAUAACAGCAAGCUAUAAGGAAGCAGAUACCUCCUACUCUUUUUCCUCGAUUGCAAAGAUUGAGGUGGAGGAGAGCUAUAUCGCUGAGAAGAAGACAAAGGAUGGAGACGGGCGGCUGUCUCCUGGCCUCAAAGGUAAAGUCUAUGACUACUAUGUCCAGUCCAUCUCCCAUUCAGUAUCUACAAAAAAGUCUCUUCCACCUGCCUCUAUGGGGACAGCCUUGCGCUGCAGCUCAGAGCAGGUAAGGGAAGAGUUGCAGUGCUUGGAGUGGGUCAACACAGAACAACAAAGAUUGGAGUGGCUCAGCGAAGAGCUGCAGAGAUCAGAGGGGGUCAACAAAAAGCUGCAGAGCUUUGCCACUCCGCUCGCUGAGACUCACUCCCAAGAAACAACUGUGGCAUUGCAGGACCCUACCACCUCUCUUAUUGUCCCAUCAAAUGCGGAGAGCUUAGACAAGAACCCCAAGCCCCCGGCUCCCGCUCGCAGCAUCAGCCGUAAGAACAGUAUCCUCCAGAUUGCAGAGAACUCUCACCUCCAGCUGCCUAUGGAUGGGUUCUGCGUCACACCAGCCAGCGUGCCACCAGCAAGCCCUCAGCCAGAUCUGGUGGGCAAAGCCAACUUCUUCCAAACAUCACCCUCCUCCCUAGACACCCAUUUGGACCUGGGGAACUGCUAUGAGGUCCUCUGUAGGGCCAAGGCAGAGAAGCUAGGCUUUCUUCAGGAGGCUGCCUACAAGGUCAUGAGUGACAACUACCUACAGGUGCUGAGGACGCCCUCCAUCUACUGCCGCCUCAACGCCAGUGAGCGGGAUCUCAUCCUUCAGCGCAGAAUGAAGGGGAAGAUGUGUGUUGUUGUGGCAGACAUCAGCACGCAUGAGCUGGGCCUCUAUGCUAGCCGACUCUGCUGCUAUGAUGACAAAGGGGACCGCUGGCAUCACCUUUGCCACAUGCCACCAGAGGUAGUCUCCCAGGGGUGUGCCAUGUGCAGCAUGUUCAACUACCUCUUUGUGGUAGCAGGCUGUGAAGGCUUGGGCCGCACACCUUCCAACCGUGUCUUCUGCUACAACCCACUGACCGAUAUCUGGAGGGAGAUCUGUCCCUUGAAUCAAGCACGUCCUCACUGCAAGCUGGUGGCCUUGGAUGGUUACCUCUAUGCCAUCGGUGGAGAGUGCCUCUAUACAGUGGAGCGGUAUGACCCACGGUAUGACCGCUGGGUCUUCGUUGCUCCACUGCCUCAUGACACCUUUGCUGUAGCCCACAUGGCCACAGUGUGUGAUGGGGAGAUCUAUGUGACGGGGGGCACCUUGCGCUAUGUGCUGCUGCGCUACAUAGCCCGUGAGGACAUCUGGACAGUCAGCCCAGCUGGAGGCGGCAAGGACAGGACAGUGGAGAUGGUGAGCGUCGAUGGUUUUAUCUACCGCUUCGACCUCAAUUGCAACAUGGGUAUUGGUGUCUAUCGCUGUAGAGCCAAGGCCAAGCUGUGGUAUGAAUGUGCCACCCACGCCAAAGCCUACCUAGCCUGCUUCCAGUGUGCCGUGGUGGGCAGCCUGGUGCAUUGCAUUGGUCGCCACUUCCACAUCCGUUUCUUGGCUGACCCCAUCUCACCGCGCUUUGGGACCAAGGAGCUGCAGCCUUUCCCUUCACCCCAGGGUAGCCUGAUCCCAGCUGUCUUGGUGCUGCCAUGGGCAGGGAUGGAGCAGACACGGGUCUGAAACGCCAAUGAGAUUGUGAUAACCAGAAGUCACCAACCUUCACUUACAGUUUUCUAUUGGACUAACGCUACUGGGAUAAUGUCACAGUCAUUUACCUUCCACUGAUGGCCCAAUGCCAUCAGGACGAGGCCACCACCUCAUCUUCCCAUUCUCUGUAAAUGGAAAAGAAGGAGACAGACUGCACUUGAACACACACAAAUGCAGCGCUGGGGACACAUGAAAGAGCAAAGCUGGAGCUGGGUGGACUUGUUUGCCUACAGGUAUUUAAAUGCAGGUAUGCCUGCUUGAAUGCAAAUUAACUCAGGCUCCCAGCUACUCCAUAGAUUGCUGCUUUGCAGACAGCAGGUUUUUAAUACUGGCCCACAUGCCUAACAUAUGGGGGGGGUUUAGGGCAUAGAAAAACAUCAGUGAAGUUUGGUCUGUAAGAGAUAUCUCCAGAGCGUGUUCCCAUCAGUGUCAAGCUGUCAUUGAGCCUUCAUGUCACCCUAGAGUGGGAGACUGGGGACCAAAGCGCACCAUCGAGGUAUCGCUCCUUCUAUUGCCUUGUUACCAUUACCUUAUCCUCAGCGCAGAAUAAUAUAUAAAUCAAUAUUUAUACACGUGCAAUGUAAAUAAAUGCUAUAGAUUUAUAGACAGCUGGUCUUAAAUAAAAUUAAUGUGAACAUUUGGUAAAAUUAACCACAGGCUACUGUUGCACAUCGUUUAAAGACUAAUGGGAACAAAGAGGCUGGUGUGCAGCAAUUAGCAAUACAAAACACACAAGCAUUGUCUCCAAGGAAGAGUCCAAAAGCAAAGCAGAGCUCUCACUGUGAGCAGCUGGUUUGGCACUGGGGCCCCUCAUCUCUUUUUCCUGGGAUUGUACUGUCCUCGCUCUGUUUACAGCCUAGUGUCCUGCCAACAGCCCACUUUGGGUAAUUGCAUUUUCUUCCCCUAGCUCCUUGAGCAGCUAGAGAAAUGGAUUGUCAUCUGUCAUGUCCAUCGCUGCACACUGCUAUUGGUUCCUGUACCCAUAUCCUUGGUCAAGCACAAAGUGCAUUCAAAGUGCUUAGAGAUAAGGGAUGGCUCUGGGUGCCACACUGUAUGUCAAUAUUGUGUGGGAGAGUGUAGCUUCGUGUUUGUCCAGGGUGAAUUUUCUGGGUGUGAGCAGGGAAAUAUCCUUUGUUUGGUUUGUUUUUCUCCCAGUUAUUAUUGUCACUUCAUCUCAUUCUUUCUGCCAUUGCAGUGAAUAGGCCAAAUAGCACAAUUAGUGUACAUGAACAUUCAUGGGUUUUAUGGCCACGUGUUUUCAAAUAUUUUUAGACCUGGCACCGUAAGUCACUAGCUCAGAGCUCAAAGUCCACAGCCCUGCGGCACUUCUCUCUGCAUGGCCUAAAGUAGAUUUCAGGUCCCUUCCAAUGCAAGUUGUUCCAGGAAAUGGCCUUGAAGAUCUUCCACCACAUUUGGUGGUAUCAGUGGGGACCUUCCUACCAAUGCUAGGAGACCCUGGGAGGAGGUAAAGCCAUGCUAAUUAACCUUUGUUAAUUAGCAUUAAUUAUACACUUCUGCUGAUGGAGGAUGGCAAUGCAACUCUCCCAUGCUAGAAAAUGUAAUGGUCCUAGCGCUAACUUCAUCCUACUCCACCAAUGAUGUGCAAUAUCUCUCUGAUAUGAUGCCUUAUGAGUCAAAAAAACUUUAUUAUUGUUAAGUUUCUAAUUAUUUGGUUACCUGCACAGCCCUUCUCAGAGCAGCAAUCCCAAAACUUUGGGUAUUCCCAGGAAGGUGGGUGGGACGUAGGCAGCUGGACCCCUUUCAGCUGACAGCUCUUAUUUCAAGCUUUGUAGGGAUUCUGCCCUUCUCAUGGUGACUAUUUGCUUCUGCAUGAGGUUUCACCUGAGAUUUAACUCCUUGUUCUCAGGACCAUGCAGGCAAGGAUGAACACACUGCAAUAAUUAAGCCUUUUCUCAUUACUCAGCAUGAUGACCAUGAACAAUUAAUAGCAUCUCCCUUAACAGCCCAAGCAAGCAUCUGCUGUAAAUCAUUAGUGGAGACCGUUUUUCCCUUCUGUUUAAGCAGAAGCUGUAAUUUUUCUAGGAUCUUCUUCUGAUCCGCAGUAAUUUUAUUCCCCAUCAUAGCGCAAUCACUUACCUUCGUCCAGCAACAGGCAGCAGGCGUGAAGGGGGUCUGCAUUUCUUCCAAGCCCAUGGCCUCAUGGAAGUUAGGCUAACUGUGGAUCCCCACGUGGAUGGAUCCCCAGCAAGCUCCACAUAGUCCCCUUCACUCUUGCACCUUCCAAUAUUAACACAAUUCUCCUGGGGUGGCAUUCUGGAGAUUGAAGGUGCUGAGGAUGUCCUGUGUCAUUGUGGAGGCAAAGCAAAUUUCAAGCACAAAGCAUGCAGUGAUCCUACACUCAAGGGCAAAGUGAGUUUUGGCUGAGGUAGGGGAAAGCAGCACAGAGGAAAGGACAAAUGUAAGGCAAUACGCUAACCUGGAUGAUGUUUUUUCUUGUGACAUCGAGGCAUUAUUUUUGUAAGCGGAUUGGUGAGGAACCUUUUGUUAAUCCUUUCAGCACUUACCCCUCGCCUAUAGCACCAGCUCUUCUCAGCUCCCAGAAGAAGAGAUGAUCCCUAGGUGUAACUGCUCAACCACACUGCUUUACAGACUCAACCAAACACAGCCCUUGCACUAAAUUUGGUAUUUUCUUCUAAUCAGGAAGCUCCAUUAUGCACCCCACCACAUUUACUCAGGCAAUUACAUAGUUUAAUGUAUAUUGAUUCAGAUUUCUAAUUUUUACAUUUUUGAUUAUGGCAGAAAGCAGUGAAUGACGCAUUUCUUAUUUACCACACACUCUUUUUCCCUUUGCAAUAUGCCAGGCUGCAUCCAAAUGGAAAUUGGAAGUCAAUUAAAGAAGUACAAAACUAGCAUUUUAAAAUCUUUUUCUUUAUUAGUUAAACACUGCUACCUUCCAUGUGUCGGCUACAUCACAGGGGAAAAAAAAACGAAAAACUGAAAAAGUGAGUUUAUCCAGACAUGUUUUGCAUUUAAAACUGAUGUGAUACAUGAAAGAAAUAUUAAGCACAGCAAGCUGCCAAAUUAAGUAACUCUUUCAUGACAAGCAGGAGCAAGCUCAUAUCGUUACCUGAGGUUGUUCAGAGACCAGUGGGAAUUUAAGAGCAGAGAAAGAGAAGAAAGAAAAAUCUUGGUGCCUGAAGUAACCAUCAGCCUAUGGCUAUGGCUUCUUGUGGAUGCUGAUCCUACGUGAUUUUGGGACAUCAUUCUAUUACAGGAUGGAUUGCCAUGGAAGAGCUUCCACGAGACAUUUGGAGGUGGAGAAAUGUUCUCUCUUCUCCCGCUUAUGGGUUGGUGGUUAGACUUGAUGAUCUUUGUGGUCUUUUCCAAACUUAAUGAUUCUGUGAAUGAGAGUAGAGGUGAUGGUUUGAUGAUUGUACUUGGUGAUCUUAGAAGUCUUUUCCAGUCUCAAUGAUACUACGAUUUAUUUCUUUGACGCUUCCACCAAAUUGCCCAAGCCCUGCUUAGUGGAGGAGAUGCUGGAGGCACCAACACUAGCCUGGCUUGCAACCAGGAAGGUGAUGAGGAGUUGCACCCAGACUGCUCUACCAACCCCAAAAGAAACUUCCAAAAGGAAGCAGAUAUUGAUGCAACCACGAUGGUUUGGUCCAAACACAUCUUACUGCACGGUGCCCAAGAGCUGCUUGGUAGCAUCUUGCUCACCCCAAUGGGCUUGGAGGCUGCAUCUUGCUCCAGUGAGGACACAGAAAAACCAGGGAAUGCUGAGCAUCCCAGGGAUGUGGGAUCUCAGUGAGAUCAAUCACCCUCUACAGAAAGACCUCACCCCAAAUUUAUGCCAAAAGGCUGAAAGAUGGGAAUCAGAACCUCGUGUGCAGAAGUGGGGCUCCUAGCACACCAGGGACACCCACCAGCACUGAGAGAUCAGCAGUAAUGAAAGAAGCUACCAGGAGAGCGGGCAGCCAGCCAGCCAAAUGUAAUUAAUGGCAUUUGUGGACAACAAACCUCGGCAAGCACAGGGAGGGGAACGGAGCUGGAGGAAGGGAGCACAUCCCCUUGCCUUCAUUCUGGGAAGAAAACAUGGCCAUUUGGAGGCUAUCCAAGCUGGAAUAACAGGCUGGUGAAGGACUAUUUAAUUAAAAUCCACACUGCGUUUGAAGGGAAAAGGGCUCAGAAUGAAUAAGCACGGUGAUAAAAUAUGCAUAGGCUCCAGCAGAAGUUCUCCCUCCCCAGCACAAGCCUCUGCUUAAAGCGUUGAUGGCUUUUGAUUCACAGUCUUCAGUGAGGAGGGAAUACUUGCCAGCCACUAUUUCAAUCCAGCAGGGAGUUUUUUUUCCGGGGGUUAUAGCAAGGCUAUAGUUUAGGAUGUGUCAGCAUCAGCAUCGUAAACACAGAUUAGAAAUGCUAUAAAAGGGGAAUAAAUAGAUAAAUAAGUACAACCUAUUCUUCUGGCUGGAGUUUACCAUCCUGCUAGCUUGAGCCAAAGGGAAAUUUUUUCUCCAUUACUAAAAUAAGACCAAUAAGGCUAGUUUAUACUCACAGGAAAGUCAGAGUGGGGGAGAAGGGAAAACUAAAGCUGUAGAAGGAGAAAAGGGAUGGUCUGAGAUGAGAAAGGGGGACUGGGGUGACCAGAGGACACUUAGAGGCACCAAGCAUGGGGUGACCAGAGAAGAAUCUGGGGAAAUGCUCUCUCACAAAGCUAAUAUCUAGCCAACCAAUACUAGAUUUAGCGUUACUCCAGUUUUUUGGGUUCAUCACCCUCUACAGUGCCUGAGAUGGAUAAAAGACAUGGUGAAGGUGCACAUGAAGCACAGAUGCAAAUUUUAUCAAACCAGAAAGCAAUAAACAUUCACUCUGCUACUUCAGCUCUCACCCCAUCCUGAGAGCUUUCAUCACCUCCUUGAGCUUUUUCUAUCAGCUCUCAUUGGGCAAUUUGCUCCCCACCUUAUGGUUCCCCUUUUACAGUCCAAGACCCAGCUGGAUCCUACUGCUGCCCGCUUUCCCCUGCUGACCUCAGGCAUUAUAGAACCAUAUAGUCAUUAAAGUUAGAAAAGACCUCUAAGGUCCUUAAGUCCAACCCCAACCCAUCCCCACUAAUCACAACUCCAUGUUUCUUGAACACCUCCUGGAAUGGUGACUCCACCACUUCAGAUUUGUCAGAGCCAAGAAUCCAUUCCCAGAGCGCUCCUGGGUGGCUCAAAGCUGCCCACAAAAGAUAAGCAGCAGCUCCUGGACCUGCCCCGGGCUAUCAUUCCCAACACAAUCCCAUUUAAGGUCUCUGCCAAAGAAUAGAGACUGCAGGUCCAGCCCCAGGGCAGGCAUCCACCUGUGCACAGACACUGGUUGCAUUUGCCUUCCCCACAUCAUUAUCCUAACGUUUCUCUAACACAUAUGGAUGGAGCAGAUGAGAGGAGACUAAGGAAGCGUCAUCCAGAGAGCCAAGAGACCUUGCAAAACCACUUGGAAUAGAUAGCCUAGUUAAUGCUACGAGGAUGCUGUGGUCUCAUCCUUCCCUCCUUUCACAUGUAAGGGUUUUUGAGGCUCCCAAGAGCUGUGCAAAAUCUCCCUUGGGAAUUCUGUGGCCCCAGCAUUGGCUCUUUCAGGUCAUCUCUCGACCCGCUGGGAUUUUUGCCUCCUCUAUCCCUUUCCCACUGCUAUUAUCAGCUGGCAGUGCAGCACAGACAAGCCCCAGCAUAGGCAGAGUGGCCACCACUAAUAAAGGGCUUGGGGCCUGUAUCAAAAGUGAGACAGGCUCUGUGAGGUGUCCCAGGGGUGCCAAACUGGCUCCAGCCCAACUCCCUUUCCCCUUUGCAUGAGCACAUUCAAUGAAUUCCAUAUUAAUCAGCACUGCAGGCAGCAUGCUCCUGCACGCCACUAGCAAAGGACUGGGUGAGGGGAAACACAAUUGUUCCACCAUCAACAUCUAAAGCUUCCUUUUACCAGGCCUAAAACCCUUCCUAGUGGUCAGCUUCUUUGCUUUACUCCUCAAUGCCAGUGACUCAGCGCUGGACCAGAGCCUCUGCAUCAUCAUGCCAAGGACUGUGCCCCACCACUACCUAUGCAGCUUGCAGAAUCUGCGCUGCAGAGUGCUGAGAGCAUUUCCCCACACAACACUGUAGGAUUUACUCCUACUCAACACAACAUCAUGAGCAGCAGAGCAGUUGCAAUUAGCUAGGAAAUUGCUGGGAAUGGGAAGGAUGGCUCAGGAAUGGAUGCCCAUCAAUACCAACAUUUGCUAAGCAAACAGCUGGAGAUCUUGGUGAUGAGACCUCCCUAUCCCGAAAAAAAGUAAAAAAAAAAAAAAAAAGAUUUAAUAUCUUGCUGAACCAACAUGGCCCUUGGAAUGCGACUGGGCACUCAGGACUGGGGAGGGCAGAAAUUGCAGCUGGUACUUCCCACAUCCCAUCGCAUCCCAAAGGCUCUUGGGGUGAUUUUCUAUAAAGGUGAAAUCAUUUCCAGGGUAGAGAUCAACUUCCCUAUCUUUUUUUAGGACUAAACCCCAUCCCCAAAAAUCCUCCAGCAUAACAGGAAGUUCAUCCCAACCCUGAUUUGGCAGCACAGGCGUUAACUCCCAGCAUAGAUGGAUUUUCCAUGCCCCCUGUCGAUAAACAAAGAGGCAAUUACACCACAUUUCUCUGAUGGCUACAGAUCUUUAGAAGAAUAAACACAAUAGCACUUCACUGAAUAUCAAUGACACGCAAACACAAUCCAUAUUUUCACUGGCAACUGAGGCUUCCCAGCUCCACAGCUCUUUAUGUUGUUGCUGUUGUUUAAACCUUAAACAAAGAAGAAUCAGAUGCUCUCAUGUUUUACACCAUUUUCACCCUUUCAUUUAAAUGGAUGGUGACUGCAUUGACAUCUGGCCAACAAGCUUUUUUUUUUUUUUUUUUUUGGUCUUUUGGUGAUUUCUUUGUUUUUAAAGCUUGUGGCCACAAAACAAACACUCAAGCAAAAUAUUCACAGGGAGAAUUGAAAUCCUCAAAGGGAAACAGGUUUGCUCGUGGUUGCUGCUUGGUCACAACAGGGCCUCUUCUCUUUAUUCCCCUCCCCCCAGUCAGAAGAAAUUUUUACAAAAGUGUUGUUUCCAUCAUAAAGGAUAAAGGAGCACUGCUUACACUCCCUGAGGGCAUUGCAAACACUCCAACACACUGUACAGCUUCCAAGUCUGUUUUACCACAUUUUGCAUUAAAUGGAAAAUACCAGAUUUCCCCCUUUUCCUUCUUUUUUUUCCCUCAUUCCCAGCCUGCAAAUCAAUAUCAAACCCAAAAUUCAGCAGGGCUGCAGCACAGAUCAUCUGACCGUUUUCUGAAUUUUACAUGGGUUAUGUUUGCAGAACAUUCACCAUGCGCAAUUUGGGGCUGAAUCUCAAUGCAAGCUGUCUGCUCCCCACUGAUUCACAUCUGCAAAGCCUUUGGCCAUUUCCAGAUGCUCACUUUGAUGGGCUUGUUGGAGCCCCAGCAUCUCAGUUAUGUAUUCUGCUCAUCCCUUAUGAAUUAUUGCAUGCAAAAUCAGCCCCAAAAUCGCUACUAGCAAGGAUGGAUGCAGGAGGUUCCACACCACAGUCCAUACUGUGGUACCCACAGCAUACUCAUGCUCCUUCCUUAUAUCCCUUUGCUUGAACGCAUGUUUUUUGAUCAAGACAAUCGUAAGAUCCCCUAAAAAGCCACAAAACUUAACAGAAGUCUGGAGUGCGACCCAUAACGGGAAUGGGAAAAGUAGAUUUUCCCCCUCUCUGAUAUUUCUCCUUGCACAUGUUUUGGAUUGGAGCAGACAAGGGAAGGAUCCCUUGCAAAACACCAAAUAAGAGUAAAAUACUAUAUGGGAAUUGCUAAGUCACAGCCUGAACCAAUGAUUGAGCACCUGGUGAAGGUGAAGGGACAUAGCCAGCCCUGGGAGCACAGGUGAAAACAACUCACCCAUGCAAUCAGAAUGGGUGGUACCAGGUUCCUUAAGCCUCAUUUAAGGGCUAGCUGCCACAAGAAAAGAUUAUCUCUCUGGAGAUUUUUUUUUUUUUUUUUUUUUGGGGGGGGGGGGGGUGUGUAUUCGGUGAGCUCUGAUCCCUGGGAUGGGUAAGCAAAUCUUUAUUUCUUUAGCUGAAUUUUGGCCAUCACUGCUUUUUGGGGGGAAUUUAGAACUGGUUAUCUGUCGUUGCCACACUUCCACAGCUGAAUGCCCUUUUCAGUGUUGCAUCUGUAUUUUUUUCUCUUUCAUUUGUAGCUUGCACCCUUCCCAACUUUUCUCCUUUGGGUCUUGUACUAUGUGGUGUAUGUUCUAUGGAUUAUUACUGCCAUAGCAGAAACAGACAUGUUUCUGUGGAGAAAACCAGGAGCAGAAUAGUGGAUUCCAAGGUCAGACUGGGCCAUAUGUUUUUUUCUUAGCAUUACAGACACACCACUCAGUAAUUCUGGUGGAAAUGGAGGGUCCAUGUCUCACCUCCACUCCCAAACCCUUGGUCUUGCACUAAGACACUCAUUCCUUGACACCGUUCACCUCCUACAUAAAGAAAAGGGCAGAGUACGUUGGCAAAAACAAUCAUUUCAGUGAAUUUCAUCCAAUUUACAGGAAAAUUACUGCAAAUUUAGGUGGAAAACUGCUGUUUUCAUUAAUCUUUGUGGAAAUAACUAUCUUUGUGCUUUCAGCUAUUGCGCUUUCAUUUCAUUAUCAUUAAAUUUUGCUUCAUUGUAAAAUUUUGGUGUGUAAAUAUCUAAAAACAAUCUAACGGAUGCUAACAAAAGUGAGAAAGUGUGGCAUCAAUUUGAUGAUACUUUACAGAUAUUCAAUAAGCACUUAGUGCAAAUUUGAUGGGUUUGGAGAAGCUUCCGUUGGUUUUCUUCGUCUUUCGUUUAUUCGUUUUUGCGCCUUCAAUUCCCGCCCCCCCCCCCCCCCAGUUUGUAUUUUUUUCCGUCAUCAAAAGAGAAAAGGAUGGUCAGGGACUGCGUUGCGAGUCCGCGUCAAUGCAGUUGGAAAAGUUGUUUCCGCGGUCUUUGGUGCCACUGCAUGGACGUUCGCCGGAACUACAGAGACGUUGUUUCCGCCGUCUUCCGCGGGUUGCCACGGACUUCUUUGAAUGACCCUGCUGUCUAGUGGAGACUAGAUUCAGCCUGAGGACUCAGAGGCUGUCAAGGGAAGUUUGUCUCCAGAGCAAGGAGGGACCAGAGCGUACAAUUCUCACCACUGGACACACCUCCCCCACACAGACGUAGCGCCCCAUGGGAAGCGGGGCUGUGCUUGCUCGCUGAACCUCCCCUUUCACAAUUAGCAGAAACAAUGGUUUCUCACCUGAUGCGACUCUCAGGAGCUAUUAUUUGAGGUUUAUUAUCAGGUGCGAAGGUGUGAACGGGUGGGCGGUUGUUUAAACCGUGCCGCUGAUGUGCCACCUCCACUCCUGGUGACUCAGGAGCCCGCCCACAAGCUGCCAACUCCCAGCACAAGCACAGCGCUGAUGCUAGCCUCAAAAAAGCCCUAAAAAAGCCUUUAAAAAGUCUUUAAAAGAGCUUUUUGGUUGGCCUUUUCUUGCUCCAGAUCCCUUGCCAGCACAGACUUACCUGCUCAGAAGCAAGUCUCCACAGCGUGGUGUGUGUUAUAUUGACAAUGGUCAGUCACAGUCCUUGACAGAGUCAGCGAGAAUAGGGAGAUGCAUGAGCAGAAAAGGAGCUGCUUUAGUAAUGGAGCAAAAAGUUACACUUUAUGGUGAGGUAAGAAGUUGCUUAUUGCCAAUGAAUCAGAGUAGAAACUCAGGCGCGUGAUUGCUUCAUGCCAUCCACGUAAUAACCAAUUGAUUACAGAGGUGUUAUGUGUGAUUCAUGCCUGCAUCCAAUCAGAAGCACACUAAGUAUUAUUUAAGAGUUGUAUUUUUUCCAA